UGCAGUGAAAUAUGAUCAGUGCAGCAGUAAAGACACAAGCUUGGCGAGGCACAACUCUUUUGGAGUGAGGGAUGCUCUGCACAAACACAAAGGAAGGAGGUUUCCAUGCACUGGGUGGUAAUUAUCAUCCCCUUUCGCGAAGACUAAGAAAUCUGCCACAUCACACACUAGUGUCAAGCAGCCCGCAGCGUAAAAACAUGCUUUUUGGACUUUUGGGGCUGUUUCUGGCUUUGACGAAAAGUUGUCGGUGCGCACCACAGCAAACCUGCCAUCCAGGAGACGAGUUUUUAGGAAGAUGCAGCAACAGUGUGCCUGAAGAAAAACCUACUUGCACGGAGCUGCACCUGAGCUACUGUCAUGACGUAGGAUAUUCUAGAACCAUAUUCCCCAACAUCCUUGGACACCGGACUCGUUUUGAAGCAGAAUCAGGGGCAGAGUACCUUCUCUUGAGUGUCAUCCACGGGCUCCUCAACGGAGAGUGCUCCCCUGAAAUACGUCUCGUGGGCUGCUCGGUGCUUGCAUCGCCCUGUAAGGAUAACAAGAUGAUCAAGCCAUGUCGCAGCACAUGCGAGGCCCUCAGGAGGGACUGUUCUCACAGCUUGGAGGCCAUAGAAAUGGCCUGGCCUUACUUCCUGGACUGUGACCGCUUCUUUGCAAGCGACCAAGAGGGCUGCUUUGACCCACUCGCAGCGCUGAAAGCCAGGCAGGAGCUAACAAGGUCCGGCCUCUCACCUGAAGAACCCAGCACCAUCAUCCAGUUCACAUACACGUCCAACACUCAGAUGUACAGCUUACUGAAGAGAACGGCGGCCAAGUGCUCGCACAUCUCUCAUGUUUACAGCAUUGGCCGUAGCACUGAGGGACGAGAUUUACUGGUGAUAGAGUUUACCAACAAUCCAGGACAGCAUGAACUGUUGGAGCCAGAGGUCAAGCUCAUAGGCAACAUGCAUGGCAAUGAAGUACUGGGCCGCCAGUUGCUCAUCUAUCUGGCCCAGUACCUGUGUUCAGAGUACACCCUGGGGAACCAGCGAGUUCAAGCCCUCAUCAACACCACCCGCAUCCACAUCCUGGCCUCCAUGAACCCAGAUGGCUACGAACUGGCCGCCGCAGAGGUAGAGGAUAACAAUGACCCGGAGCUCAUCAACCAGGAAGGUCACUUACUGAACGGUUGGACAAAUGGUCGCACAAAUGCCCAGAACAUUGACCUGAACCGCAACUUUCCGGACCUCACAUCUGUCUUCUACCGGAACCGUCGCAGCAGGCACUACCGCACUGACCACAUCCCAAUUCCUGACGCCUAUUGGUUUGGGAAGGUGGCACCAGAGACCUUCGCAGUGAUGAAGUGGACCAGGUCUCUCCCCUUCGUCCAGUCUGCCAGCCUCCAUGGAGGUGAAUUGGUGGUCUCCUACCCCUUUGACUUCUCCAGACACCCUCACGAGGAGAAGAUGUUCUCGCCCACGGCAGAUGAACGGGUGUUUAAGCAGUUGGCCCGUACGUAUGCCGAUGCCCAUGCCACCAUGUCAAACAAUGACACAGACAGGUGUGGAGCCAACUUUUACCGGACUAGGGGCAUCAUCAACGGGGCACUGUGGUACAGUUUUGCAGGAGGCAUGUCAGACUUUAACUACCUGCACACAAAUUGUCUGGAGAUCACAGUGGAGCUCGGGUGUGACAAAUUCCCCUCAGAGGCUGAGCUUUACCCUGAAUGGAAGAGGAACAAGGAAGCUUUACUCAGUUUUCUCGAGUCUGUCCAUCGGGGGAUUAAAGGAGUUGUAAAAGAUAUUGAUGGCAAUAGGAUCCAAGGUGCCACCAUUUCUGUCCGGGGGAUUCGUAAAGACGUCACCACAGCUGAAAGUGGAGACUACUGGCGGCUGCUGAGCCCUGGUACUCACAUCCUGACAGCCACAGCUAAAGGUUACUCCAGGGUCAGCAAGCGGGUUUAUCUGCCCCACAACCUGAACAAGGCUGGACGUGUCGACUUUGUCUUGAAGAAGGUUCCGCUGGAACCGGAUAUUGACGAUCACCUCUUCCCCACGACGGAUACAUGGGAUCGAUUUGACCCUUACAAUCAGUUUGAGCGCUACAGCGAGCCAGAUGUAGCUGAGGGGGGCAUCGAGCGGCAGGAAAAACCCUGGUGGUGGAGCUACUUCUCCCAGUCUGGUAUCUCACCUCCAAACUGGCUGCUGCGAAAUGUCUAAAUUCACUUAAGGACAGUACAAAUGUCACACUGCAAAGGGAGGCACAUUUUUUGGAUGCGUUUUUGUAGCAGCAGUAUUGACAGUGAUUUAUAAAGCAAAACAUAUGCAAUUACAAAUACAUCUACACAUGCAUCUCCUGCCAGGCGUCACAUUUUGUCAUUUUAAAGGGAUAGUUUGGGAUUUGUUGACAUGUAGUGCAUCAACAGUGACUUUCCCCCCACUUUGUUCCGUGAAUCGAGUUCUGGUCAGUAUUCCCGGCUAGCGGGUGGUGUCACAAAAGAAAAGACACGAAAAAGUCAGACCUCACAAUCACUCACCUCGCUCUAUUGUCUCUCCCUUUGCAUCGCUGCGCGCUGUCGCAAGCACGCCCGACUACACAACAAGCGACGGCGAUAUUCCUUGUUUCACAAAGCCAAAGGGAUAUCUUUACGAACCGGAAUACACUGAUGCCAAACUUCGUCAGAUGUUGAAACACAUACGCAACAGUUGACAGGCGGCAGCGUGCAGUAAUAAGAAGGGAGAGAAAAUAACGCAGAAAGAUCGUGAGGUCUCACCUUAUGCCACGCAAAUGCAUAUUGUUUCUCAAAACAAAACGCUUUACUUUUGUGACCCCACCAACUGGCCGGAACUACUUGUCGUGUCAAAAAAAUCCAAACUUUCCCUUUAAGGUAAUGACAUCCAAAAAUAAUGACAUGUACUUGUAUUAUAACAUUUAAGGCAGCUGCAUAAAAUGUGUUUUGAUAGAAAUGUUUUUGACAGUCUACUAGUUGUUGUCUGUUCUAUUUUAUCCCCAGAGGUCGCAAAAGUAUUUUCUGGAUGUGUAACAGCCUUUUAAUAUUGAGCACAUUUCUGAAAUUUUGGAUUAGUUAUGAAGAACAGAUACUGUAUGGUUGUUUUAUAUGUGAAA